AUGUUGAAGGACGCUGCAGCGGCGCCGUCGUUGCCGGCGGCGGGCCUGCACAGGGCGUAUUGCGGCCAUAGCCCGUGGAUCCCGAACUCCGGCGCCGGCGGUUUCUCGGGGUCCUGGAAGCAGCAGCCCUUCUUCGAGUCACAAAGCAACUGCGCCACCACACUCAAUAUCCUGUACAUUAACAAGCAGCGGCUUAUGGCCAUGGAGGAGCUGAAGAAACUGCAUGAUGAAAAUAAUUUGCUUCUCGAGGAAAUACAAGUACUAGAAACAGAAAUGCAAGGUAUUCCCCUAGAAGCAGCACAAUCGUCAAGUUUCAGCGAGUUACUCCUGCGGAUAGAUACAAUGGUCAUUUCUGGAAUGAUCAGCAUGGCGGAAGCAUCUGAUUUAAGAGAGAAAGUUGUCACUAAUAGAAGCAUAAUACAAAGCGCCUUUUCUGAUAUUCAUCAUAAACCAAAUACUGAAUUGCUGUCCGAUCUGCGACUCUUUCUGCGUAAACCAAUAGAGAAACCUCUUCAUAUUGUGCACAUCUGCAGUGAAAUGUACCCAAUAGUAUCAUGCGGAUCAUUAUCAACCUAUGUUGCCAGUUUAUCUUGUGAGAUUCAUAAAAAGGGUAACUUGGUGGAGGUGAUACUACCCAAGUACACCAGCAUAAACGUGGAUGGAAUUCAUGGUCUAAGGAGAGCUGAGGCAGAGUAUGAAUCUUAUUUUGGUGGUCUUUGGCAUAAAAACAAAAUAUGGACUGGUACAUCAAGUGGUGUUGGUAUUGUACUUAUAGAACCAUCUCAGCUCUCCUAUUUCAGUCGUGAUAUGUUACAUGGCUACCCUGAUGACUUUGAGCGAUUUUCCUAUUUUUCCCGUGCAUCCCUGGAUUAUAUUGUAAAAUCUGGAAAGCGGCCAGACAUUAUACACAUACAUAACUGGGAAACUGCUAUAGUGGCACCACUUUUCUGGGAUAUAUUUGCUCACCAGGGACUUGGGAACACUCGGAUAUUACUGACGUGCCAAGACUUGAAUUCAGAAUGCCUAGAGGAGCCAAAUAAAUUGGAGAUGUGUGGACUUGAUCCUCAUAAUCUUCACCGCCAUGAUCGUCUGCAGGAUACAAAUAAGACAGAUCUUGUUAAUAUUCUUAAGGGGGGCAUUGUUUAUUCAAAUAAAGUUGUUUUGAUGUCCUCAACGCAUUCAAAAGAUGCUCUUAUUCAGGGUUCAAGACAAGGGCUGCAAUCAACAUUAACCACACAUAAGGAGAAGAUAUUGGUUGUUUCUUAUGGAUUGGAUGGUGAACUUUGGGAUCCAUCCAAAGACAUUUUCCUUCCUCGGAGGUAUUCUGCUAAUGAUAUCGAGGAGAGGUCCAUUUGCAGACAAGCACUUAGGAGACGACUUCGGUUCAACAGUGAUUCAUCCAUUAUAGUAGGAUGUAUCUGUGAUGAUAAUUCAGUUAUCCAUAGUCUUAAAGAAGCAGUUCAUGUUGCUCUGCGCAGGAAUACUCAGGUCAUCAUCAUGGAAAAGUUAGGGUCUGUCGUGAACUCAACUUUGCGAGCAUUAAAGGGAGAGAUAAUGGGAGACAAAAUAGCAUUCGUUGAGGCAUACGAUGAAGCCCUAGCACAUUUAAUAUAUGCAGGAUCUGAUAUCAUUCUUUGCUCUUCCUUUCAAGAUCCAUCGCUGCAAACAGCGAUGAAGGCAAUAAAGUAUGGAUCUGUGCCAGUACAGAUAAACUUUCCCAGCGAUGAAUCAAGGGAGUUGGAGGGGCAUGACUGCCCAAAUACAGCAAUGUCUCAGUACAUCAUCUCAACCUAUGGAGAUCUGUCUCUUUCUCAAGCACUUGAUGACUUCAACAAUGACCCUUCACAUUGGGAUCGGCAGAUUAAGGAUGGGAUGGCUAGGGGUUCGUCAUGGGACAUGAAGUGCUAUAACCUUCAUUGGGAGGCUUAUUCCUCUAUAAGGAAGCUGUGA